UUUCAGCAAAAUAUCUGGUGAAAUUCCCGGAGCCAUGGCUAGCGCUGACAUCAAACCAAAAUCUAUAAGUCGUGCCAAAAAAUGGUCAGAUGAGGUAGAGAAUCUAUACAGAUUUCAGCAAGCUGGAUACAGGGAUGAAAUUGAAUAUAAACAAGUGAAGCAAGUUGAUAUGGUGGAUCGUUGGCCAGAAACAGGAUUUGUGAAAAAACUUCAGAGAAGAGACAAUACUUUUUAUUAUUACAAUAAGCAAAGAGAAUGCGAAGACAAAGAAGUCCAUAAAGUGAAAGUUUAUGCUUAUUAAUUGUUAUAUCCCAAUUACACUUUUUUAUUUUGCUGUAAGUAUGUUGCUUUAAUCUAUAUAUUUAUAAAAUGUAAGGAAUUAAACAAGGUUUCUUAACUAAUUUGUCCAUUUCUAAAUAGAGCAAAAGUGGUAUUUUUGGGAGGAAUACUAAUCUAUUGUCAGUACUGGAUUUUCACAGAGCUUUUGAUGAGAUCUGAAUAAUUAGAAGUGCUAAUCAUUAUUUAGUGCAUUAUUUUCAACCCUUGUAUUGUGGCUUGUCAGGGUAAGCCACUGGCAUGCCACAAUACACUUUGUGUACCUGAGGGUCCAGAGGCACAGCUGCUCAUGGUUCGCUGUUCCCAGCCAAUGGGAGCUGUGAGUGGUCAUGCCUGUGGAUGCUCGGGUAAACAAAGCAUCUCAUGGCUGCUAGUGGCUUACCCUGAAGUGACCCAAAGUUUGAAAGCCUCUGGUUCAGUGCAUUAAAUAUUUAAUAUACUUUACUGGCAGUAGCUAAUUAAUUCUAACCACAAUCUUAGGAGAUAAAUAACGUUUAUUAUCAUCAGUUUACAAAUAAGAAAACGGAGGUAGAAAAGUUAAGUUACAUCUGUAAGGUCAUGAGGAAGUCUAUGUCAGAUCCAGUAUUAGUAUUUGUUAAAGGAAAUCAAACGACCUAGUAGGAGGGGCCAAACUCAUGCUGUGGAUUAAAAAUUGCUUAUGUGAUGGGAAAUGAUCACAAUAAAUGUCUUUCUCUCUUAGCAAAGAGGAGAAAAUAGUGAGGUAUUCCACAGAUCUGUGGGGGGGUUAGAAUUUAAGUAUUAAUGACAUUAAGGAAAAUGUAUUUAACAAAUUGGUGACAUUAGCCAAUGAUAUAGGAUAUUUGACAGUAAAAACUAAAGUGGAUUGUGAGGAGUUAAACACAUGGUUGGGAAAAAGGGGGUAUUGGGCAGCAAAGUGUCAAAUAAAAUCUGACUUGAUGAGUAAGGUAAUGCUCAUAGAUAGGAAAACAAUCUAAAACUUGAAAUGUAAUGCUAUACUGGAAGGCACUUGGAUGUCAGAAUGAUGAGGGCAGUAUAAAAAUUGUAUAGAACACAUUAACAUAUAAAAUAAUGAGUUAUUUUAAUGGAAAAGAAUGGUAUCAUAACAUUAUUGAAAACUUUCAAGUCAUAGUUUCUCUUUUAAAAUGAAUGGGGUUUGAGUUUAGUUAAACUGCGGUGAUAUUCUGUACUCAUAACAAGCAAUUAGGAUGAUUGAACCAAUUACUGUAAUUAGGAUAACCCAUCUAAUUGGUCAUUCUAAGGAAACAUCUAUAGUGAACCUGGAAUAUCCCUCUGGUGGAUGGGAUAAUGUUGGUAGCAGCUACAUGGAGGGAGAUUUAUUUAAAAGAGUCAAUGGAUUAAUAUUUUUCCAGACUUACACACUAAGGCUGCAUCUAGACUGGCAAGAUUUUACGCAAAUACUUUUAAUGGAAAAGUUUUUCCAUUAAAAGUAUUUGCACAAGAGAGCGUCUAUACUGGCAUGGAUGCUUUUGCGC